AUGGCUCAGCUCAACGAGAAUCGUACAAACAAACUACGCUCAGAAAUCCGCGACGCGCUUCUUCGCAUCUACUCCAUAGAGAGGCCCGACCCCCGCGAGCACGAUCUCGGAGACUAUCAGAUACUCGCAAAGUUCGCAGUGUUGCAUCAGAGCCACCGCAAGGGUCCAACGCCGGCGGAGAUCGCGGACCAUGUGAUGUGGAAGACUCCGAAGAUCGUCGAGAUCUUGCGCGAAGGUGUCGGACGGCAGCCCUUGAAGGCAAAUGAUAAGAUCUAA